AUGGCUUCAACUACCGGCGUCGGAAACGAAGAAACGGCACCGUUACUAGCGACAUCGCCGACUUCAUCAACUGGCAUCAUUCAUUCACAGUAUCAAUCACUAAGCCAAAUCAGCAGCAAUAAUGAAAGUGAUACUAGUAAUAUCAGCAAUACCGACCCCGAAUGGACGCUCAGCCAAAGCGCGCGAAGGCUCUAUAUAUCUCAUACCCUCUCAACAUGGAACUCACGCGUCUUCGAAUUCGGCAGCGUCUUAUAUCUUGCAUCAAUCUUCCCCGGAACCUUGAUGCCCCUUGCGAUAUACUCGAUAGUGAGAGGUGCUUCUGCGAUCACGUUGUCAUCAUGGGUCGGGAGUUACAUCGAUCGUGAAGACCGCCUUAAGACUGUGAGACUGUCAAUCGUCUCACAGCGACUUGUUGUUGCUGCCUCAUGCGCUAUAUUCUUCAUACUCAGCAGAGCCGAAAGCCCUUCAGAUGAGCUGCGGGUCGGUUUGCUUGCGGCCUUGAUCUUCAUGGCAUGUAUUGAGAAACUAGCCGCUAUCAUGAAUCUCGUGUCAGUGGAAAGAGAUUGGGUUAUUGUUGUGGCACGCUCAGAUACUACUGCACUUCGAACCAUGAACUCGCAAAUGAGGCGAAUUGACCUUGUCUAUUAUCAAGUACCCGAACUUCAGCAAUCAAAGACUACGCCCCCUAUUGUACCACAAAAUGAGGAACAACAAACUCAUCAGAAUGUAUAUGUGUCGUUCAAAAAGGCUGUGCAGAAGACGUCCAGUGACCUUCGACUUUACUUUACACAUCCUGCAUUUGCACCCUCAUUCUCGAUAGCGCUUCUCUACUGCACAGUCUUGUCUUUUGGCGGAGUUAUGGUUACAUAUUUGUUAGCAAGUGGAUACACUUCAGCUCAGAUUGCUGCAAUGAGAACGGUCUCGGUGACUCUCGAGGUUCUCGCCACAUGGAUCGGACCGUGGUUAAUGAAGAGAAUUGGUCCCGUUCGUGCCGGUCUUUGGUUCCUCAGCUGGGAACUGGGGUGUUUAGCAAUCGGUGUAUCAAUCUUCUGGCGAUAUGCUGAUAACGUUUUGGCAUCGACACUGGGACUUGUCUGUGGUUCGAUGUUGAGCCGAAUCGGACUUUGGGGGGUAGAUCUGUCUGCACAGGUCAUCAUUCAAGAGGAAGUUGAGGCAGAGAAUAGAGGAGCCUUUUCUGCUGUGGAAGCUAGUUGGCAAAAUGUGUUCGAGAUGUGCUCAUACACGUCGACCAUCAUAUUCUCGUCACCUAGUGAGUUCCACAACCCGACAGCACUGAGCGUCACAGCAGUGUUCUUUGCAUGGCUACUGUACAGCUCCUUUGUCAAGAAGCGACGAGGACAUCUCGUCCACUGGCCGACUUGCAUGUCCCCGGAAAAGCAGCAGGCAACGAUCGACGAGCUGUUCGAGUCUGGGCCGUCGAGGCGAAGAGAGGGGCUCUGA